AUGGUUCAAAACUUGAAGAGAAAAAGGGCUGAGGUGCCAGGCCCGCGCAAGACGCAAAAGGUGCAUGAGGAGCUUCCCCAGGUCGACAUCAAUGUCGAUAAUGGUGCGCCGGACGGAGAAAGUGUAGAUUCGACGUCUGAUCGAGAGGUGGACGGAGAUGACGAGUUACAGGCUGAAGAAGAAUGGGGUGGAAUCGAGGGAUCUCAAGCAGCAGCGGUGGAAAUAACACCGCAUCCUGGAACGAAACCGAAGAAACCACCAACCGGAGAGGAACUGAGAGCCAUUAAAGAUGCAAGCGACCUCUUCAAGUCGAGCUCAUUCAAGUUACAGAUCGACGCCCUUCUUCCCAAUGUUCGGCCAAAAGCAUCGCGGAUUCCUCCACUAGAACGUUUCCUUUUCGCGCUGCACGCUACGCUCAACCAGAUCCCGUCUGUUCCUCCAACACACCCUCUUGAAGCUUCUCGAAAGUUGCAAAAAAGGGGCAUCGCUGUGCCAUAUUCACUUCCACUACCGACAGAAGACACCAAUUGGAAGGUUGCUUUUGAACCGCCGAGUGACAUCACCCUUGUUGGAAGCUGGGCAAAUAAGGCUGGCGUUAAAGCAAAAGAUGGGCUGAGGUUCGGUGUGGACCUUGCUGUGGAAAUGCCCAAUAGCCUCUUCCAAGAAAAGGAUUACCUCAAUGGACGCUUCUUCCACAAGCGCUCCUUCUACCUCGCGAACAUCGCUGCUGCUUUUCGAAAGUCGAAGUCCCUCAAUGUGGAUGUUGGUUUUGAGUCGUUGGAGGGCGAUACACGGUUGACGAAGCUCGUCCUGACCCCCAAGAACGACGAUUCACAAACAGACUUCACGAAACUGAAUGCUAAAGUUUGCAUCUUACCCACCCUCUCCCAAAACUCUCCCAUACCUCUGCAUCGCCUUUCCCCCUCACAUUCUAACCUUCGAAUUAACUCUUCAUCCGAUGCUCAUGACGACGCUAGCCAAUCGGUCCACAUGCCGACGCCAUUAUAUAACAAUGCUCUCCUACGGACGCUGACACCCAAAUCUUACCUUCUUGCUGUCCAUACACUUCAGAAUGAUUGCCCAGCUUUCUCAGAUGCUCUGACUCUUCUACGAAUAUGGGCCAACCAGCGAGGGUUCAGUGAAGGCACUCGGAUGUGUGUGCGAGGAUUCGAAGGAGCAGGGCCAUGGUGGUGGUCUUUGUUGGCAUUGCUGUUAAACGGAGAGGAGGUGCGGUCAGGAGCAACGAAGGCGAACAAAAGACGUUCGGUUGGGAAAGGCCUGAGUUCAUAUCAGCUUUUCAAGGCUGCAUUGGAAUUUCUUGCUAAGCACGAUUUCGAGAAAGAAUCCAUCUUUGUUAAGACUGCAGAUGGUCAUCGGUAUUCCCCAGAAGACUACAAAGCCGAUACGAGGGCCGUCUUCGUUGAUUCAUUGUCUUUGGUGAACCUGUUAGCAGGAGUGCCACUAGGAUCUCUUGAUUUGCUACGCUAUGAGGCUUCCAAGACUCUUGAAAGGCUGAAUGAGACGGCCUUCUCAGGAGAUCCUUUCAAUGGUGUUUUCCUUAAGGAUUGUCGCGAUUUGUUGACACGUUUCGAUACCAUUCUUAGGGUCGAUAUCUCAUCCGCGAAGCCCAAGUCCUCCUCAACACACUCGACUCUGGAUGCAGGAUCACCCUCCACCGCGUUACUAGCUUCGAUGUCUUCUUUACUCCGUCAAGGUCUAGGGGAUAGGUCUCGAGCAAUUACCAUCCUCCAUCCUUCAUCGCUACCUCGCUCCAUAUCGCAAGCCCACCCUUCCAGUCCUGAUGCCAUCUUCAUCGGGAUUCUACACGAUCCGCAAAAUGCAUUCAGGCUCGUCGAUCACGGUCCUGCGGCAGAUGAACAAGACGAGGCUGCCCUGCAAAAGUUCCGCGACCUCUGGGGGGAGAAAGCAGAAUUGCGUCGUUUCAAAGACGGUCGGAUCGUGGAGAGUGUGGUGUGGGAGGUGACGACCGCCGACGAGAGGGCGCACGUCCCAUCAAUGAUCGUUCGGCAUCUUCUUAAACGGCAUUUCGGGCUCGGAGAAGGCGCAGUGGAGACCUGGCAAACAUCUUUUGAUUCUGUCCUCCGUCUUCCUCCGUCGGUGUCUCGUGAGUAUCUCGCCUCUGGUGCUUCAACUGGCGUCAAAGGGGCAUUGACGGCAUUCGACAACCUGGUGAAGAGUAUCAAGAAACUGGACGAUGAUCUUCCGCUGUCUCUACUUACCGUCAGCCCGAUCUCGGAGGCCCUCCGGUAUACGAAUGUUUUCAGCCCUGUACCGCUGACUCCAUCUCUCGCCCCUGCCCUGCCACCAAAUGCCCGAUAUCUUGCGCCAAUCGACAUCGUCCUCGAAUUCGAAAAGUCAUCGAAAUGGCCGGACGACCUCAAGGCAGUCCAGGCGAUCAAGCUUGCCUUCUUCGAACGAUUGGCGUCCAAACUUAUGGAAUCAGUUAAAGGCCUUGUAGCAAAAGUUGCCAUCAGCGACGGAGUACAUGACUCUCAGAUCAUGGAUAGGUCCCUCCUUGACAUAGUCACCCCAGAAGGGUGGGCCUUCAACGCACGGAUCUGGCAUGAUCGCGAGGUCAACCUCAUCGACCGUGGAAUACACGGAACGGUGAACAGGCUUCCCCAUGUUACGUCCAAGUCGAAGGACACGAAAAAAACACCGGAAUACUACGAGGCGCUCGAGGCCAAGGAGGUGUAUAUGCGUCGAUUCAUCCACGCCCCACGACACCACCGAGCGAUAGCUGCGCUCUCACACCAUUACACGGCCUUCUCAGGUACCGUCCGACUCGUCAAAAGGUGGAUAGCAUCACAUUGGCUUCUACGAGGCCAUGUCAGCGAGGAGGUCGUUGAGUUGAUUUGCGCGUCUUUCUUCCUGAACGGAGGGAAAGCGGUCACGCAGGAUAUGGAUGUGGAGCAGACCGUGCAGCACCUCGUGCCUGCGAGCAAGGAGCGCGCAUUUUCAGCCGUUAUUCGCUUCUUGAAAGAGUGGAAGUGGGAAGAGGGGUUGUUCGUGCCUUUAUAUGGAUCUGCGUCGGUUGCUUCGGAUGGCCAGGAGAAAGAGACAAGCAAGGCUGGUGGUGCCAGCGUUUGGAAGGUCUCGACGGAACAUGAUUGGGAAGGGCGUAUUUGGACGCAUUGUGGGCCUGAUGUUGUCGUAGCGCAUCGUGUAAGGGCAUUGGCAGAGGCUACCUGGAAGUGCUUGGAAGGCGUGGAAUCUGGGCAAUUGGAUGUUCAGGCCUUGUUUACGCAUCCCACAGACGACUACGACGUCCUGAUACAAUUAGACCCGGCCGUCCUUCCUCGCUAUGUCCACAACAUCAAUGCAGAGGAAAAACUGUUCACACGACGAGGCAAAUAUGCCAACAGGAUGCUCGAGGACCAAAACGACGCAACUGUUUUGCCAGGAUUUGACCCUGCUCAGCUUCUCUUCAACGACCUGCAGCGGGUGUACGCAGAUACAUUCAAAAUCUUCUACGAUCCUCUCGGUGGCGAUAAAUUCGGUAUCGUUUGGGAUCCAACACUGAAAGAAUCGCGUCCAUUCAGAGUUCUUGGUGGUUUCUCAAGUGUGCCUAUCAAGAAGGAGAACGACAAGGCCAAGGAUAAAGGCCUUGUUACAUUCAACCAGGAAGCGGUUGUUGCAGAGAUUGAGCGGCUAGGGACGGGGCUGAUCAAGAAAAUAACGAUAAGGGCAUGA